GACCGCAUCAUGUCUCUUUUCGCAUCUAAAGCUCUGCAGUGGUACUACUUUAAGCAAAACUAUCUUGGUUAUCAACUCGAUCGCCUACCAUGACGACCCAAGUCCGCAACCUCUUCCACCACCUACCUCCACCAGCGGAAUGUCUUGCGCUUUUCAUCGCAACCCUCGAAAUUGUGCCGUUUGGUAUAAUAGGCCUACGUGAUCCUUCCUUCUUCGCAGAUGGCUACGGUCUGCCCAUUUCACGCGAGUCCGACACGUCACCUGCAUCCGCAAAACGUUCCGGCAACAAUCAAAGCACGUACGAAGAAGAUCAGAAGACAAAAAAAGCUCUAGUCGCGGCUAUAGCAGCACGCAAUGUUCAAAAUGGCGUUCUUCUGGCAGUUUUCGGGCUGGUGCUGCGAGACAGGAGGAGUUUAGGUGUCGCAGUAAUGGCAGGAUUAGUUGCAACUGUCGCGGAUUCGGUAAUUGUCAGCGCGUAUGGAGCGAAAGACAAGAUUGCAGGUCAUUACGUUGGUGUUUUCAACAGCUUGGCGAUUGGAGGGAGCUUGCUAUACUGGGGCAGAAAUGAUCCGCUGUGGUAGAUGUGUCGAUUGGAUGCGUACAAGGAAUAGGAGGA